AUGGAUAAGUUUCGGAUAAUGGUCCAGUUUUUGCAAGCCAACCAAGAGUCCUUCAUGAAUGGCAUCUGUGGCAUCAUGGCUCUGGCAAGUGCUCAGAUGUAUUCCUCAUUUGAGUUUACAUGCCCUUGCCUUCCAGACUACAAUUAUGCCUAUGGGAUAGGCAUUCUCAUCGUUCCGCCAAUAUGGUUCUUCUUACUUGGAUAUGUAAUGAACAAUAACAUAUCAGUGUUAACUGAAGAAUGGAAGAGACCCGUUGGAAAGCGCAGCAAAGAUCCGGCGGUUUUGCGCUAUAUGUUCAGCUCUAUGACGCAGCGCGCUCUCAUCGCUCCGGCUGUAUGGAUAGCCGUGACUUUAAUGGACGGCAAGAGCUUUUUGUGCGCCUUCAGCCCCACGGCGGAUUUAUCCGAGUUCCUCAACGAGAGCUAUCAAAGCUUAUCCCAAAAAGAGCUUCUGAAAAUACAAGCAAAGAUUCCAUGUAAAGACAUAUUUGAGGAGCAUGAGAUUAUUUCCAGAGAAGCGGCCACUAGGUAUAUUCGCUGUUUGUCACAGGCAUGCGGGUGGACUUUUUUGAUGGUUAUAACACUCGUAGCCUUUUUGGUAAGGGCAAUAAGACCUUGUUUUACCCAAGCUGCUUUUCUUAAAACCAAAUACUGGUCGCAUUACAUUGACACAGAGCGCAAACUAUUCGACGAAACGUGCAAAGAGCACGCCAAGAGCUUCGCCAAGGUCUGCAUACAGCAAUACUUCGAGAGCAUCAGUGGAGAAAUUGUUCCACAGCUUCCACAGCCCCCUGGAAAGAAAGGGAAAGGUAAUAAAGAUGACGAUGGAGAAAAACAGAAGAGUGACGAGGAGAGGCUUCUUGGGAUCCGAAAAGAAGGCGACAUGAACAAAGUGCUCUGGAACUGGCAUACAUGUAAACCUGCACUGCUGCUGAAUAAACGCACUGAAGAAAUGAAUGGACAUGCACACUUAGAUACCCACAGUCUCACUGAUGAGCGCCAUACCAAAAAAAAAGCUGUGGUGUAUUAUUCCAAAGUCUGA